AUGUCAAAUUGCGACCGGCUGAUGAUGAACCGCAUUGAUUACAACGAGAAGGCACAGGCUCUCCUGGAUGACCAACAGUCCUACAAGUCCGCGCCCGCCUCACAGGCUAAAUCGACGAUUGGCCAGCUGGCUGGACUCUCAAGUCGACUCCGGCGCAACAAUGGAAUCUCGGUUGACGAAUGGCGUCAGACAAAUCCAAUCAACACGGCAUUGGCCAGGUUCUACGGAAUACCAAAAUCCACAAAACCAACGUUCGUCUGCGGCCAAUCGUUGCCCUAAAAGGCAACCCCACACGCAAUCUAGCCAAAUGGAUGUCCCGAAAACGCAAUUUUCUCCAAAAGGGCUCUCUGACGUCAGUCAAUUCGGCCUCCCAUUUCCUUGCCGACAUUCGGGGAAAAACAGUUCGAUCCGGCCAAAUCAUGGUAUCCUUCGACGUUGUCUCACUUUUUACGUCAUUCCCACCAGAAUAGGCGCGCGACGUGCUGCGCAAACAUCUCGAAGAAAAGUACGUUGAAACGACAGGAUCCCUAAAGAUCUAGCAUUCAGUGCAGCUCUUUACAUUCUGCCAACGGACCUUUUUCACCUUCAAUGACAGAAUAUAUGAACAAAGCAAAGGAACACCCAUGGGUUCCUUAUUAUCCAGCCUAAAUGCGGAAUUGGCCCUACAAGAACUGGAAAAGGUUGCUUUCAGCCAUUACAGACUUGCGUUUUGACGCCGAUACGUGGACGAUACAUUCGUCAUUAUUGAAAAGGGCAGGCUAUUGGGUUUUUACGAUCUGCUUAACAGCGGUACUUUAUUCAAAGUCGGACACCAACUCUAUCAAUAGACACAUUGGUUUGCCUGAGUGUUAUCACGCACUCCGCCCACGCAACCAGAUGGCGCAGCUCACAUCGUCGCGAAGUACAAACGCCGUCACCACGCUCGGGGGUCCAUUAUGGGUCAGGCAGCACAAACCAGAUCUAGCGACGGAAGUAGCCCCCCCUCACGACACAACGAUAUAAAAGCUCACACGUUGCUCUACUCUGGCAGUCUCUGAUGAUGAACUCCUGUUCGAUUUCGAAAGCUAAGGCCAAUAAAUCUAGCGUCCCAGUGCUCGUGCUUUCGUCUUCUUUUAAACAUUUAAUUCUAGGUUUGACCCUAAGUGUAGCUUUCCUCUUAAGAUUGACAGCAACCGUAAAAGCAACACUUUAUACCUACGUAGAUUAAAUGAGUAUGCAUGUCCCAGAAAUAAGGCCCAGGUGGGCCACAUACGCCAUGCUUACCGAAUACGCUUUCGCCCAGAACACGCAGAGGUACGAGAGAGGGACUGAACUGUUCUGAUGUGCACCAAGCGUGUCAAUAGUGACUAUUAGUCUGUUAUUUACUGGAGUGUCCACAAGUUAGGAGGCAAGUAGGGGGAGUCAGAUGUGAACGCCGACUGUUGGAUUUGGAUUUUUCAGAGCAAAUCGAAAAGGAACGGGAACAGAAACGAAGGGGACGCGAAGAGCGAAUUCGUGAAAGAAGAGAGUUGAAGGGAGCUGCCAGGCUUAACUGCCUUCGCGAGCAACAGGAAGCCGAGCUGAAUAAGCAGGCUGCGGCAGAACGAUUGCAACAUCCAAGUGCUGACGAUGGUACCCAAUGUCGUUCUGGUCCCCGCCCUAUCUUCGCCUCUCCUUUCUCAGAACCUCGUCAACUUACCCUUGCUGGAGUUCAGGACAGUACGUCACCGGCUCCGGAUGCUGAUGCAAAAUUGAAUCAUCCUUCGCAUCAACAGACUACCAAACAGUGGACUCCCCUGGGUUUUGGAACUUCCAACCUGCUUCCACAUUAUGCAACUGGAGCAUUAGAAGACAACGAAGACGAGGAUGAUGAUGACGAGGACGAUCUGGAUACUGAAGGAACUGAUGGCACUUUUGCCUUAACGCUUCCGCCGGGCUUCCGGUUAGUUUUCGUUCUGGAGCGUUGUCCGUACAACGUUCCUAGCACCGCCGUCAUUUUGGUAAUGUAUUCGCCAAGUUUUUCCUACCAAAACUUCGCCUUUUUUUAUUAGCGCGCUCGCUCUCGAUUUUAUCCAUACAUCAUAUUCAUUAAAGGACGCUGCGCAGAAAUCUCCCCGAUGGCAGUUUUAAUAUCGACAGUAGGGCCUUUUUUCUAUCCCUUUCUGUCAUCAUUUUUACCUCAACAAAUUGUUGAGACUACCAGUUGUGUGCUGGGGUAGAAAAUUGUGUCGAGCAGCCUUGGGACAACGAUCAUGUCUGACUGCGAUUACUAUCGCGACCACUUUUCAUACUUCAAUGUCGAUGGCUGGUAUUCGAAGUAUAAUCUGUCCUUUGUCUUGUUUUGAGUGAUGCCAAAGGCUUUCUACAGGCAAGUAAGGGACUGAAUAGAAAAGAACAGCACUUAAGUCCCGGCUUAAUACAUGAUUUAAACGGGCGACUUCUAAUCUCUUCUCUAACAAAAUGUCCACGGACAUAUCCUAUCAGUCCGCGUUCCUUAGAGAAAACAAGAGCAGUGUAUUAAGGGGAAUUUUUGAACUACCUGAGUGGGAUAUUUUCACAUUCUCAAAAAACUACCAACAAAGGGGUUUUAUGACCAUUAGUAGUCAGUCUGAGUAUGUCCAUCACCCACGUUCAACAUCGAACGUUUAGGCCGAAAAAGAUAAGAACGGCAUGUGCUGCACUACUGGGGCGAAUGGUUCCAUAUCGUUUUACGUGCCGGAAGAUCACUCCCCGUUCUAUACCCAGUAACGAUGAGCAGGUUUGAAGCAAUCAGUGCGUCUCUAAAACAUGACACUCUGUAACAAGUCAGACAGUGUUGAUUAAAAGACAGGACAAAAGGGAUGGGGUACGCAGUUUGCAAUACCUCAUUACACUUCUAAAAAAACGCCCUUGUCCCAAGGACCAAGUGGCCAAUGCACUCCAUCAACUUCUUGUCUUCGCCGGCCUCAGAAAUGUUCUCCACCUUAUUUCGCCUUCCCUUUGUGAGAACGCACAAUCCUUGUAGCCGGUGCUGUUGACAGCCAGUACAUAUGGAUGAAGAGAUUAACUGUUGACCGCUCUCGCUCCCACUUUGGAAUAGAGUCAGGCAUGCACAAAAGGUAUGCAGACAUUUUCCCCGUUUUUACGCUUUUUCAUUCGGAAGCAAUUUAAGAAGCUUCUUCUCGCCACUUUGUUACGAGGCAAGUGUUAUCCAAAAGGGUUAGAUGGCACAUGGGCAACGGCACAUAUGGCUUUUGAUACCGUCACAUCCAUACAAACUUUUGUACUUUCUUCACAAAACUACUAUAUUUAUGGGAAAGCAAUUGUCUACCGUAAAAUGACUGACUGAGGGAACUAGUUUCAUCAGAACUUAUAUGGUAUAGCAGCUUGAGGUGGACUGUAUGAUUUUCGAAGCCCCUUAUGUUUACAUAUAUCUUCCAGAAAAUAAAGUAAAAGACUUCGGUAACCACGUUACUUCGAGCGUCCAUUUUGGGGGAAGAAAAUAAAGAAAUUCCAUGGAUUUAACAAUAUUAUAAACCACUUAUGUGACUAUUCACGUCUCAUCUCUCCCUUUUGGAUACCACUAAUCUCGCCGUAGAGUGAGGGAAAGAAUCUCCAUGAGUCACUUCCCACCGUAAGUUAUAUAAUAAGGAAAAAUACCUGCUCAUGCCUAAAUCUAUCACAGAUCGGAAGCGAUAACGGUUAACUAUUAAUCUCAUCAUACAUGUGUACUGCCUGUUGACAACACCGCCAACAAGGGUGGUGCGUUCUCAAAAAAUGGGCAAAAUAAAGAGAAGAACCUUUCCGAGAACGGUAAAGACAAGGAGUUUGUGGAGUUUAUUGGUGAAAUUGGUGGUUAAAUCUAACCGGAGACGCGCCGAGACCCUGGUGCUGAUCGGCUAAUCCAAACAAUCUGCUCAUGUUUAACUGGCGCCAGCCGUUUCUGUUUCAUCUUACCAGAGACAUUACCAAAUCCCUGUAUGUUUCAUGACAGCUUGGCCGUCGACUUCGACGAUUUUCACUGUGUGCUCUACAGGCGGGUGUCAGCACUCAAACACUCAGCCACAAAUUAGGCAAGUCAAAAUAAAGCCUCCCACCUCUCUGGAGUGGCGCAUGACAAAUUGUAUAUAGCCUGAAACGCCCACGAAGGUGAACACCCGAAUAGUUUGAAGCGUCAAUUCUACAUAAAUAUAGCCAGGAUUUCGUUCACUUCAUUGGUUCUGCAGUGCCGCGACCUUUGUUCUUAGUGCAGUGGGCACGGUUGCACUAAACGCCGAUCGGAGUCAAUUGAUGCAAUUAAAAUAAACGAAAUAUGUCUACUGUAGUUAUUUAAGUAGCACGUUAUUUGCGAAUUUAUUUCAUACUCGGGUAUGUAAUUUACCCCAGAGCUGAAUGGGCGCGACAUCAGGAUGGCCCCUCAAAAUGGUUAUUUGGUACUGGGACCUUAUUUCGCCCUUUCAAAUUGACGGCAUAUGGUAUUGAGCGUCCUAAGUCAGUAUGCUCAUCCCAACACUAAGUAAGAUGGGCUCUUUACUGAGCAUUACAAGUCAAGUACUAACAUAAUGACACCGCUAAAUCAUCCAUGGACAGUACAAGUAAAGGCCCUCAGACGUCUUAGUUGAAGUGGUUGAAGAGCUGCACAUUUGUAACGACAGUUAGCACAGCAUAAAGAAGUGUUUUAACUUCACUUCGCUGGGAUAUCGAACCGUGACCUGAUAUUGUGUUUUUCAGUGGACAAAAGGUCUCAUACCCUUUCAGAACAGAGCCAAAACGCUUGUCUUUACACGCUUCUAGCGAGACCUACCUGAACAACCAAAGUUGUAAGUUAGAGCGCUCUUUCACCACGUACUGCGUUUUCAUUCAUAGCAAAAUGUGCAUUAAAUGCAGACAGUUGUUUCACGAUGUUUACCAAUAAUUAAUGCGAGUCUGGAUCGCUCUCGGAACGUGGGUUUUAUCUACUCUAUUUGGUAUUCAAGCCUAAAAUUCAGAAUUCUCAGAUCAGCAUCCUAGGCUGCCUGAACACUGGGGUAGUGCCUUGCAUUCAUUGAAUUGCGACUAUGUUCCACACAGGGACCUGUUUUCGAAAGUGCGCUCAAUUCCUCUUUUCCUCUAGCUGGCCACUCCGAAUCCGGUAGAAAUAACGUCGAGCGACACAAGGCAGGCAGAAGCGGGAAGACGUGGUUGCGAGUGCCCACAACGGUCUGAGUUGCUCGGCUGUACCACCAUCAUAUCCCUGUGCACUGACUCCUGUCGAUGUUUGCUUCCAACCACUUGCGCGGUCUCAGUCCGUAGAAUACAGUGCGUGACCUAUCUCAUGAAAUGUUGGCUGAAAUUCUGAAAUGCGUUUAUGAUUAGGAAGGAUUACUUGGUCGCGGUUGUGAUACUGAUUAUCUUAAGGCAUACUCUUAUAACAUUUCCAACUCGGCAGGAUGUCGCCUUUUUCAAUGCACUUCUGUUCAAUCUCCUGUAGAAAGCGUGCUCGGUAAAAAUGGCUACUUAAGUAGCAUGUAUUUUUCCUAUUGAUUUUCGAUGGUCUUGCAAAUUCAAAUAUAUUUUGUAGAAACCAUAAACAAAAAUUUGCUUUCUUUUAUUCAAUCAAUAGAGAAUCACGUCUUCAUUAUAUUAUUUACUUAAGAAAGGAGUAUAAUUAGGUUUUAAAAAAGUUUUCUAUUUGCCGAAAAAUUUGGAGCCUGAUCAUUCGUUGCAUUAGCGCUUAGUGAUUUCAGUCAACAAGGUGCAUGCGUUCCGCGUAAAGAAAAUCCCAUAUUUUUCUGUGUCAUUAAAGAGAUAUCAUACAGUGUCCAUAAAAAUUUGCAAUGGAUUCAGACCAUGUUGUACAUUUCAUGAGGAGCAGUGGUAAGCGGCCAGGUACGAUGCUAUGUGAAUGGACAUAUCGCGGUCUUAAAAAGUCUCAUAAUUGGAAACUUUUUUAAAACCUAAUUAUACUCCUUCCUUAAGUAUAAAUAUAAGGAAGACGUGAUUCUCUAUUGAUUGAAUAAAAGAAAGCAUAUUUUUGUUUAUGGUUUCUACAAAAUAUAUUUGAAUUUCCAAGACCAUCGAAAACCAAUGGGAAAAAUGCAUGCUACUUAAGUAGUCAUAUUUUACGGAGCACGAUUUCUACAGGAGAUUGAAAAGAGGUGCAUUUAAAAGCCGACAUCCUGCCAAGUCCAAAAUGUUAUAACAGUAUGCCUUAGAAUAAUCAGUAUCACAACCGCGACCAAGUAAUCCUUCCUAAUCAUAAACGCAUUUCAGAAUUUCAGCCAACAUUUCAUGAGAUAGGUCACGCACUGUAUGUCACCUCAACCUGUCCCCUGAUUUUUGACUUGGGGAUGCGUUCUUGCAUUGAAUCAAACAAUACUUCAAGGUCCUUACAGAUAGCCAGUUUUUUCCUGUAUUUAUUUGUGAACUCGUUUUGCCGAAAAUGCAGCUUUGAAUCACUUCUGGGGCAGUAAAAUGCGCAUCUUAUAUCGGUUUCUAAGGUGGAACCGGAUGCAAAAAUUGGGACUCUAACGUAAUGAAAAUGGAAUUGAAUCUAUGGAGUAAAUUUUGAAUUUCGAUGACGCUGGGAUAUUCGGAUAUCAAAAAUGGUGAAAUCUCAUGUUUUGCAGUAAUAACCCCUUAUAACUACUAACUUCUACUGACUCCUAUUGGCGCUCCCAAUUGUAAACUUCAUUAAACGUUUGCUAAGGAUCAAAAUAUGCUCUUUAGAUGGAAAAGACCGACCUUUGACCAGCGGCCCCGCCAAAUGACACAUUUUCUGGGAUGUAUCCGCACGAGCUCACACCCAAAUGGAGCCCUAAGAGCUUAGCAGGGAGCUAUCGAGGGAGCGUGGAUCUCGUUCAUGGAGGAGCCCCCAUGAUGUGAACGAUAGCCUACUGGACAAAAUCAUUAUCAGGAGAAUGAAAGAGUUUUGAAUUCAAAGUGUCUUCAUUUUGCAAAGCAUCACUUCCUUAGCUGGUAUUCCUCAGAGCACAAAUGUUGACUUCCGUUCACCACUGUGGGGGCUGGAACGAUGCGCCAACAGAGGGCUCAUCCUUAGAGUUUUCACGUCGUAUUCUUUCCUUUCUCCUGGUAUUUUCUGAACCUCUUAGUAAGCAAGCUUCUUAGAAACCUACUGCAGACGUCUCUAACUCACCGUCUGCGAGUGUGUGUACACUCCUGAAAAUGCACAGUUAGCACCUACAGUCCACUGCUUUUAAGGUCUAAAAGUCUUCCCACUUGUCCUUAUAUAUAUCGUUCUUUGCGUUGGUCUUCUUUUUGCCAGUUUUGGUUUUGUGCGAUCUUUGUAGAUUACCAGCAUCCUGACUACUCCAGUUGGGAGCUCCAGUUACUUGCGGCAGUAUGUCCCCUCCAGAUUUGCACAGGAUGGUAGUCGAAGUGCGAUGAUUGCAGGUGAGUUUGGGCAGAACCAGGGCACUUUCGAGUUUCGACUUCUCCCGAAACAGUGCUCGCCAGUGUUCCUGUUGGAAGUUUCGGUUCUUUGACUGCUUUGGAGGUUUUAAAGCAGGAAAGGAUUCCGGUGGUUCUUGCAGUCUCUGACAAAUUGGCUUUAGCAUUUCUUUUCUCGGUGGGACACGCAGUUCUGGUAGCUUUCCACUGCGCACUAGGCGUCCUGAAUCACCUCUGGGUGGGGGAUAAAUUGAGUCCUGGGAGCAGGAGCCCAUGUUGCAGCGAGGUUCUGCAAGCUUUGCUGGUAGUUUUUGACUCCAGUGUCUAGACUGACGUCCAGGUGCCAAACACGUGCACCUUCCGACCGCGGUUAGUUCGAACCAUAGACUUUAUCGAUUUUCCUGUGCCGAAUCCUGACUUCUGUGCAACGAAGGUGGGAUCACGACUGACUACACCAGUGAGGACGUAGUAUACUUCCUACGAUGUCGGCCUUUUGAGACCCGCCGGCCUCAUCAGAGGAUUUUACACGUCAUGGGAUUCUGCAAGUGCUCUAGUAUGAUAAGUGGAUGCGCGGUAACACCUACUGCCACGGGCUCUACUAAUAUAGGUGUUCAACUGGUUGUGAAUUACGUCACACAAGACGCAUAAUUCUGCAUGUGACAUUCAUAGCAUGGACUGGAAAUGAUGAACUAACCGAAACUGGUCCUGUGUACCUCACCAGAUCGGCGGUUUACCUAUGCAGCACAGUUCUUCACGGUCACAUUGGACUUCGUGUAAGGGGCGUUGGCAGUAACACGACUCCUUUGUCGUCCACAACCUUUUCUUCUCCAUAUUUCACCGACAGUUCCUACUAGUUAAUGCAUAAUUUGCAAAAUCCGAACCCCACUGCAGUCCUCUCCACGUUUACUGCAUAUAUUCGUCUACCAGUCAGCAUCAGUAAGGGUUGAGAUCGCAACCCCUUCACCUAUAAACAACAGCAUCAUUGAGGACAGCGCUGCACCUUAACACACAGGGAUUAUGUAAUGAUUAAUCGGAUCGUCUGGAGAUCAUGCCUAUUUCUUCUUUGUUUACACUGACUGUCAUCGAACCGAUGUUCCUUAAUUAUCGUGUUUGUUGUAGUGGCUUCCAGAACAACGUACGCAAUUAGUCCACUGACUACAGUAUAUCGUGCCGACUUCCUGUGCAGCUGACCAUCAUCCAACCCAGCCAUUCUGAAGGUCGAAGGCUGCCCGUUCUUUGUGAUAUCCCAUAAUGGUCUGUCCAUCUAAAAUCGCACCGUGGCAGGACACGGGUGGCCUUGCCCCAAAUUCCAGGAGGGACAGGGGAGCAUUAUCGACAAGGACAAGGGAGACUGGAAUGGCCAGUUCUGGCUUAUUGGCCGUCGUCGGCCAGUCAAAUCCAACCCCGAUUUGUGGCGCACCUGCGGCUCGAUUCCGCGACCUGUUGGUCAAAUGUCCAACGCCCCUAACCAGUGAGCCAGGGGCUUGUCGCCCUGUCGACUGUGAUCGGUUGGGUAUGACUGGCUGACGACGGCUAAUAGGUUAGAAAUGGCCAUUUCAGUUUCCCUUGUCCUUGUCGAUAAUGCUAUUCUGCCUAUAUCACGCACCGCUGUGCGGCUGCUGACUGAGCUCAAGAGAGAACACAACGGAACACAUACCAUUCCAGGAAGGGUACCUAUUCCCGUGUCCUAAUUCUAACCAUAAUCUUUCCGGAAUUCAGCGCAAGUCCAUUCGUAUCACGAACGAGAGUUCCUUCUCCUGUUCGUGAUAUGGUUAUCUCCCCACCAAACUUUGAAAUAUUCGUGUUUUACUGAAUUAGUGUAUAUGAAUGGGAUAAAGGUGAUUUAUUUAGAAGUUAUCAGUAACAAAACUACGUUUACUUUAGGGUAAGGUGAUACCAUACUAACAGCACAGGUACUAGCCAAAAGCACAGACACGCCUGUUUCGCCGAUGUUCUGCCGCUGCAUGGUGCAGCUGCGAGAGGUCCUGUUCGUCAGUGGGUCUCCCAGCAUUCCCCAUGUGUUUUCUGGUAGAUACUCCAAUUUAGAAAUUGUCGCUUUUUAAUUUCCUCAGAAAUUCUCUACAAAGUUGGAGUUGAUCAGUUUAUUCUACUACUAGCUGUCUGUCGGCAGUUAAUGAAUAUUACGCGGUUACCCGCUGUGGCUGUUUGACUUUGGCCCAAAUAUUCAUGUGUAAAAUUCUCGGUUUGAGCCUAUAGACCUUGAAUAAACUAAUCUACUCCAAUUUCGUAGAUAAUUUCUGAGGAAAUUAAAAAAAGCAAAGACCACGUGUUACCUAGGAAAAAAUAUCACCAGAUAUGUGGGGACUCAGUAGAUUUGGAAAUAAGAGGAAGACCACAGUAAAAUUAGAAAGCUUUAACCUGACGGCCUUUCGAUGUUGAUAACUAUUUCUUCAGGGUCAAGAACGCUUUAGGAAGCUGCAGUUUGCUGUUCAACGCUACGAGGACAGCCAAGCGGCCAUUUCGGUUGGCAGUAUUGGCAGUAGGCCAUGCGGAGCCGGCGAAAGUGUCUUUUGUUCCGGUGCUGUCGGGGCUCAUAUGUGA